AUAUAAAACUGUCACGUGAUCUCACAGUUGUGAACAAUAACAACAAUAACUGUAUGGAAAAUGACGUCACUCACAGACUGAGUUAUGACGUCACACAUUAGACACAAGGGGAACAAGGGAAGACUGGCACAGAUUCUGACGUCAAGGUCUGACACACAACGUCACACAGCAGGAAGUGAUGACGUCAUCAGCACCACGCCAUACCGCCUGCCACGUAUUGCGUCAUCGACAGAGAAGAUCAAAAGGCCAGAGUCACGUGACUUGUCUUUGGAGAAAAUGUUUGGUCGCCAUGGUUACGAGUAUAUCAUCAGGUUACCUGACCUGACCCCCCUACAGCCGGGAGAGUUCAUCUCACCCCAACGUCUGCUGUCCCAGAGAUCCCGGCAACUUCCGGUCCCCACAGGGUUCAACAACGUCACAGCAUCCUGUAGAAACACGCCAUCUUUGUAUGGGGAGGACGACGGGGACGAUGAAACAUUCGAUGAUAUUUUACAGAGAGAUCAUGUGACGUCUGACACUAGAACUACGUCACCAGCAGUAUCGAUACAAAGCAUUCACUGGGCGCUGGGACAACAGAGGAAUGGCAUAUUCGAUACCACGGGCAGGAGCCAUCUACAGGGACCGUUCUCCAGAAGUUUUACAGUAAGGUGUCGAGCACCUCCAACAUGGAUGAAGAUGAAAUGGGGAAGGUCAAGGACGUUUGUACACUGAAUGUUUUGUAGGGGUCUAAGAUAUGAUA